UGUGUGUGUGGCGAGGUGGGGGUGGCACUUGGUGGGAUUUCUGGUUUUCGAACAGCUGAGCCCGUCUUCCAGUUCAACAUAAAGCGAUUUAAUCUGAUCCUCGGAUGCAGAUAGAGUAUCUCCGUGACCAAUUGGGGCCAGUCAGUGUGUGUGGGGAGGUGGGUGUUAAUGCUCCGAUGUUUGGCCAGCACCCGCCCCCCUUCCCCCCACUCUUUGUCCAUUUCACACCUCCCCCGUUCUGUUCCUCUGUGGGAGAGCCCCUGAUGCAGAGAAGCGUCACGGCGGACCAGGGGGGGCUGGUCGGAGGGGGGCAGGUGGGCGGCUCUGACGUGUUCCGCUGGCGUACGUCACAUGAUGCAUAUUUCCGAGCACGCGGGGACUGCCGGCCAGCCCAGGAGAGUGACGGGAUGGACUGAAAGUGUCCUUCUGAUUUAUUUUUCUCGUCAUACGAUGGCGCAGGGAAGCUGCCGAUCCCGGCCGUCAACACAGAAACGGGUAAAAGGCAUUGAGGCUGCGGUCAGAUGCUGACCCUGCCCCCGGUGGGCGGAGCCUCUCCUGGCUCCGCCCUCCCUGCUGCACUCGGCCCUCUCGCGGACCAGCUGGUUCAUUCAUGAAAAGUAUGACGUGAGCGCUGCGUGGAUCCGUCCUCUCUCUCGCUCUCUCUCUCUCUCUCUCUCGCUGGCUCGUUCGCUCCCUCUCUGCGCUCAGACGCGGCCGGCUCUCAGCAGGAAGAACCUGCCCUGCUCUGUCCUCCUCCUCCUCCUCCCGUCCUGGGCCGUCGCCGUGGCUUCACUGCUCCGCCGCGACCGUGCGUCUGGGCUCCGUCGGCCGUGUCGCCCAACUGAGCCCAGACAGGAAGCUGUGUUUGGAAUAGCCCCGCCCCCCUCUCACUCCCUUACGGCGGGCGGCCCACCCACAUGCACGGCACCAUGGGUAGCUCCCCUGAGGUACUCUCCUGGACCUCCUGCCCCAGCCUGCUGGUGGGGAAGCUGAAGGAAGAGCUGAAGCUGACCGUGGUGGGGGAUGCCAUGAAGAAGGCGGGCUCAGGUGGGGGUGCCCAGACCCAAACCCAAACUCAGACCCCAAACCCGAUCCCGGCUCCGCCGCAGAUCAUCGCCGAUCUCGUACCGCCAGUUCCGCCACCCCCGUCCUCGUCACCGCCUCCCGCCCCCAUCACGCUGCUGCAGCCGCCUGGUCCAGAGGAGGAGGCAGGGCUGGGGGGCAGCAGCCCGCCGGCCUUGGCGCUCAGCGAGGACUCGUCCCGCGAGCAGAGGCACUUCGACAACAGCGUGCUGCAGCUGCGCGAACAGGAGGACGGCGAGUCGCCCGGCGGGGGCUGCGGAGACGGCGACGGGAUGGGUGAUGGCGCUAGUGAGGGCGGGUACCCGGAUGGUCACCAUGGCGACGGGGCCGGCCACCACCCUCGGGAAGACAUCAAGCUGCACUUCCAGAGGGCGGGCGGCGGCGGGAACGGGGGCAGUGGCUUCCUAGAGGGGCUCUUCGGCUGCCUGCGGCCUGUCUGGAACAUCAUCGGGAAGACCUACUCCACCGACUACAAGCUGCAGCAGCAGGACAUGUGGGAGGUCCCGUUUGAGGAGAUCUCAGAGCUGCAGUGGCUGGGCAGUGGGGCGCAGGGAGCAGUCUUCCUGGGGAAGUUCCACUCCGAGGAGGUGGCCAUCAAGAAGGUGCGCGAGCAGAAGGAGACCGACAUCAAGCACCUGCGAAAGCUCAAGCACCCCAACAUCAUCAGCUUCAAGGGCGUGUGCACCCAGGCACCUUGCUACUGCAUCAUCAUGGAGUACUGCGCCCAGGGCCAGCUGUACGAGGUGCUGAGAGCGGGCCGCAAGAUCACCCCCCGCCUCCUGGUGGACUGGGCCUCAGGGAUCGCCAGUGGCAUGAACUACCUGCACCUCCACAAGAUCAUCCACAGAGACCUCAAAUCCCCAAAUGUACUGGUCACCCACAACGACACUGUGAAAAUCUCCGACUUCGGGACCUCCAAAGAGCUCAGUGACAAGAGCACCAAGAUGUCCUUUGCAGGGACGGUGGCCUGGAUGGCACCGGAGGUGAUCCGCAACGAACCGGUGUCCGAGAAGGUGGACAUCUGGUCAUUCGGGGUGGUGCUGUGGGAGCUCCUGACAGGGGAGAUUCCAUACAAAGAUGUGGACUCCUCGGCCAUCAUCUGGGGUGUGGGCAGUAACAGCCUGCAUCUCCCAGUGCCCUCUACUUGCCCCGAUGGCUUCAAGAUCCUCAUGAAGCAGACCUGGCAGGGGAAGCCCAGAAACCGACCCUCCUUUCGGCAGAUCCUCCUGCACCUCGACAUUGCUUCUGCCGACGUGCUUGGGGCACCUCAGGAGACCUACUUCAAGUCCCAGGCUGAAUGGCGAGAGGAAGUAAAGAAGCACUUUGAGAAGAUCAAGAGUGAGGGUACGUGUAUCCAUCGGCUGGAUGAGGAACUGAUUCGGCGGCGGCGGGACGAGCUCCGACACGCCCUGGACAUCCGGGAGCACUAUGAGAAGAAGCUAGAGAGGGCCAACAACUUGUACAUGGAGCUGAGUGCCAUCAUGCUGCAGCUGGAGGUUCGCGAGAAGGAGCUAAUGAAGAGAGAACAGGCAGUGGAGAAAAAGUAUCCUGGAACAUACAAACGGCACCUGGUUCGGCCCAUCGUGAGGACCAACGCUGUGGAGAAGCUAAUCAAGAAAAAAGGCAGCGUGUCCCACAAGACGGGGGUCCAGACAGCCAAAAGGCCGGACCUGCUUCGCUCUGACGGAAUAUCCAGUGUGGAGACGCUUCCCUCCCCCUCGCCGCUGUCGGGCAGCCCCCGGAUGUCCACUCCUCCGGGCAAGGCCAGGUAUCGCAGCAAGCCUCGGCACCGGCGCGCCAACAGUAAGGGCAGCCACAGCGAGAUCUCGGCGGUCUUGCGGGGCGGAGCCUUGGCCCCAGAGGAACAGCAGCCCCUGCAGGCACCGGCUGAGGGGCCCCGUCUGCCGCUGCCAGGCCGCGAGGACGCCGCAGCCAACUGCGCCAACAACCUGCGCUACUUCGGCCCAGCGGCUGCCCUGCGCAGCCCGUGCUCAGACCACCCGCGCCAGCGCAUCUCUAUCGCCGGCUCCGGGCCUGACCUGCUCUCCACCACCGCGGAAGCCGAUUCAGGACGCCAGGGCCCCAGCACCGGGCCUCUGUGUCCACGUUGCCAGACGCACCCCUUCCCUGGCUGCUCGCACUGCCCCGGUGUGACCUCCUUCCCCAGCCACCCCCAGCUGCCCCACUAUUCCCUGCUGAGUACUGGCGAGGGGUCUCCCCCCGCUACCCCCAGCAGCCACGCCCCCAUGACAGCCCCCGAGCAUGAACCCCAGGAUGAGGGAGUGCGGCAGGAGCCAGAGUCCCCCACGAACCGCUCGCCCCUGGGACUGCCCCGCACUCUGAGGCCCCUCAGGAAGGGCAGCGACGAGUCUUCCGAAGAAGAGGAGGGGGAGGUGGACAGCGAGGUGGAGUUUCCACGGAGACAGAGGCCUCACCGCUGCAUGAGCAGCUUCCAGUCCUACUCCACCUUCAGCUCGGAGAACCUGUCGGUGUCGGACGGCGAAGAGGGCAACACGAGCGACCACUCGCACAGCGGGCCUCUGGAGCAGCUCAGCGGCAGCCAGGAGGAGCAGCUGGACGAGCUGCUGUCGCAGACGCCCGACAUCCCCAUCGACAUCUCCAACCAGUCCGACGGCCUCUCUGACAAGGAGUGUGCCGUCCGCCGGGUCAAGACCCAGAUCUCCCUGGGCAAGCUGUGUGCCGACGAGCACAGCUAUGAGAACCCGCUACACUUCAGGGAGUCGGACUGCGACUCCUCCGAAGCCGAGUGCUCCGACUGCACCGUGAGGAACAACAAGCCCAGCGGCACCUCCACCUGGUGAGAGCCCCGGUGUGGACAAGCCUCGCCAGCCCCCGCCCCCACCCCCACAGAUAAACGGCAAUAAGAGGAAGCUGUCAUCCCCUGGCAAGGACUGCUGUAGCAUCCAUGUGCUCUCAGCCCCACCUUCACUCUGCACUGCUCAGCAGCCCAAAGCAGGGACCCCCAUUUGUUAAUACCACUGUAGUUAGUGUAACAUUCACAGUAUAUUUUUGAGUUGAAUGACGAAAAACAACAAAAGGACACUGUUUAAAAAAAAAAAAAAAGAAAAGAAAACUGUAACCAAACUUUGUAUAGCGUGGAGUAUGUUUGCUGAGAAUGCAGCGUGGUUCGGGUCAGCUGACCCGGCAGGGUGGUGUGUCUGUGAUGAUAUCACUGGGUCUGGGGUCCUGCCCCCGCCAUUCACAACCUCCCACUCCGGCCCUCCGACGAGGAGUCGCUGUGCCACCUCAGGACUCGCCUCCGCCUGACCAGUACAGUGCAGACCAUUCCAGUAUAGGACCAAAGGUGAGCACUUUCAAACAUCCCCCCUUCCCCCUCGUUAGCCAGCGCGAUCCUCUCGACCAGGAAUACCUGCCAGUUAUCAUUUUGUGGGUUUGCAGAGUCCCUCUCCAGGAGGAAGGUUGGGUUGGGGGGCGUACAGUGCGGCUUGAACACCAGCAUGAACUACCCCCUCCUGGCCAAACCGCUCCCAGCGGAACCUUCCAGACUUCUCGCCCCAGCAUGUCUGCUCAGCCUGUGACGCUAGACUACCUAAAGAGCAUGUGUCCUGUUGUCAGGGAAACGGAUAAGCAGAUUCAGACCCAGCGUGUAUUUAAAAAAACAAACCGCAGUUUCAACUAGCUGAGCUUAAAUAGGCCGGAUCAAAGGAAACUCUUUCGCCUUUGCUGCUGUCCAGUACGUUUGUUAUUCUGCGAAGGUACCUGUUUUUGGGGGAACACGAACAAAAACCAAACCAGUGUUUUAAUUUCUCUCCAUCUGUCACUUUCCUGUUCCCCUGCUUGUUGAUCUCCUCUGUAUGUGAUCAGAUUGGGACUCUUAUUGAUCCUCCAGUUGUGGACUUUAGGCUGUGGCCUAAUUCUAAGCUUUCACUCUUUAAAAAAAUUUUUUAAAAAAGAGUGUUGCUUUCUUCAGUGUUUGAACAAAAUUAGGUCUGAAGUAGCUUCUUUUCAAGAUGCGGUACCCAUUAGUCCAGGAACCCUGUCUUUCUGCCUUGUCUCAUUCCGUUCUGUGCAGAAGUAAUGUUUUGUUUGUUUAAUCCGGGGAGUGACCAGGACAGGUGCCCCCAUGUGUGUUUGUGUGGGUCAUGGGCGUCAGAGAGCAAUAAUGUAGCUCCGGCUUGGACUGGGGGAGCUGGGGAUCGCACGCUCAGGGCUGUCUAGCAGGCUGGACAGACGCAUCGUCCAUUUUAUUGGAGACGAGUGACGAGCAGCUCUUUAUUUAAUACUUUUUAUUUGUUGGACUUAAUGUGAGGCAACACUGCCGUUUGCCUUUCAGAUGCUCAGGUGUCCGACGACUGCUUUUCGCGGGGAAGCCCGCAGUGUCUGACGGUCCACCGAAUGGUGACGUUCUUCUGGGCUCACAUUGCACUAUCGCCAUCAGCUACGGUCUGAAGUUAAGGUUCAGAGCCUGGGCUCGAUCGGGAUAAUUUCCGUUUGUCUUGUUUUUUUUUCCCGGUACUACCCCCCCAGCUUUCUGUUUAUCGAGGAAGGGGUACUGCAUCUUUCCCUUGACCGCUGUCAUCAUGUCUGUGUUCCUCUUCGCUCCUGUAAGCAUCUGUAGUAUUGAGGUCCCCGCAGCCAGUCAGAACUUAAGGAAAAGCUUCUGGAGCUUGCAGAUGUGAGGAGAAGGAUUGUGAGUACCAUUAUGGCUAAAUCCAUCACUCAUAUUUCCUACCAGUUUCUCACCUCUGAAAUCUUCUCAGACUUGUGGGUAUGUCUAUUUCACGGCAAGGAUUUGUUGGUAUGAACAAGGCCAUAGAAAACAAACUUUGGUUCUGUGAGCUGCAGUAUGGGCACUCACAGUCCCCCUCUGUGUUAUAGCACGGGUGAUCCUACGUGCUGAUAUUUAUGACCAACAGCCACAACUUGUACCAUGUGACUUGUAAGAAGGGCUAGCUGGCCGCUAAGUCCCCCCCCUACUUCCUUAUCACCCCCCGUUGAGUGACUGAUUUGGUGAGCUGAACAGUGGGCGGUGUCUUGUUCAGAAUGAUUGUUCUCUGAGUGUGACCUUCUGCUGUGGCAGUAGGCCAUUUGAGGUGUUACCUGACCCCCCCCCGCCACUGUUUACAAGGUUUCAAAGGAUUUUUGUUCCAAACCAAUCACUGGAAAAUCAUCAGGUGGUGUUUGGAGUGAAGGACAAUGUAUUAGGGGCGGAAAUGCUGUAACAUCUUGUAAAUUAUGAUUGAUUUUAAUGUGUUCGUUUAAUUUAAGCUUUGUGUUUUUUUUUUGUAGCUGGCCUACAUGAUCAUUAAAUUAAUUUAUGUUUUGAUGUAAAACCUGUUUUAUCGUAGAUCAGGAUGUUAAUAUCUGGCAGCUUUUUCCCGCAACCUGUCAGCAGUAAGACUCCAUUCCCGAGUGGAUGAGGCAGGCCUGUUGAGAGUGAAAGCAGCUGUUGGUGUCAAUCUGACAGGGCCUGCAGAUCAGCUGCAGCUAGUCCUGGGUGUCUCUCACCCCAGUACGGGUCUCCCAUCGGUGAUUGCCCUGGUAGAGCAACGUUAUCGCCCACACAAGUAGGUAAUGCUUGCUGAGCUGGGGAAUGAAAGCGGUUGCUGAUGACCCAGGCUGGCCACUCACACUCACGCACUCUUAAUUAAACUUAGACAGCCUUCUGCUGCUCUGCUUUACUUUAGGCUGAUGCUCAGCUCUGCUCUUCAUGGGCAAUGGAUGCUGUACAAGGUCUCCCUCAGUAUGGCUCUUUACUAGCUAGUAUUUGCCCACUGGAGAAUGAAUGGCAGCAAACAGAUCUAGGCAGACAUCACACCCCACCUGAGAAUCAUAAGAUAUUGGUGUGGGAUGAAAGCCCAUAAGAUAGAAGGUAGAGCCUGGAUUAUUAGAGAGACCAGAGGUCCCAUUGCCUUGAGUCCCACCAUGGACCUUCAAGGACUCUUCUCUUAAGUUCUGUCACACAUCCCAGCAGCUGCUUUCACCCAAUUCCUGUCAAAACGUGGGAACUGUCUUGAGGAACUGAUGAACCUACCCCGCUCAGGAGGAUUCUCCUGGCUGUCCCACCCAAUCCGCUCCUCCUGUUACUCGUUGUAUUCCCCCUUCUCUUACUCCCGAUUGGCUUCCCGAUGAACCAAUCCUGAUAAUAUCCUCUAGUAGCCAGUGUACAGUGCAACGGGGGAACUAGGAGGAAUAAGAGAAUCAGCAAACAACUGCAUGGAAUAAAAGCUGAUGUACUGUA